AUGUUGUCUUAUUUGCUCUUGUCUUGUAGUUGGUGUUGUUUCUUUGCUUUCAUCUCCGUCAUUGGCAGAGGUGAAGCGCAUCCCCAUCAAUUAGAAUAUGCAACGUACCAACCCCAUUUGUUUACUUACCGUGAACUACCGUCUAGCAAUCGGUAUUCUCAGUUUCGCAAUAUCCCUUCGACGAUCCGACAGCCGACCAGACAUCGUCAAAGAGUGUGGCCACUCUACGUCGUUGGUCCUGCUGUUGAUUAUCCAACCUAUUAUGCACUGCCACUAUACGCUGAUCAAUUUCCUUAUACCGAACUGCAGCCGAUUGAUGGGCAGCUACUUGGAGAAGAGCAGCAAUCGGAAAACCCAUUGGCAGUGAGGGAUCAAGUCUACAACGAGCAGCCCAUUUCCAAAGGUGGAUUGCCGCUCGUGAGAGGACUCUUUGGGCCGUAUGCGGAUCAAGAAGAAGAAUUCAUCGAAUCCCGGUUAAAUCUCAGGAAAGAUCCUCGAUUCAUUUUAUCCAGUCUUUUCGGAUUUAAGUGGGGUGUUUUGCAACAAUUGCUGAGAGGGCCAACUGGCCCAGCAGGACCGCAGGGUCCACCCGGUUCUCCUGGUGAACCUGGUGCUGCUGGUCCUCCCGGUGAACCUGGUGCUGCUGGAGCUGCUGGUGAACCUGGUGCCGCUGGUGAACCUGGUGCCGCUGGUGAACCUGGUGCCGCUGGUGAACCCGGUGAACCUGGUGAACCCGGUGCACCUGCUCCCUAAACGAAUCGAUAUUUAUCAGUGUAUCUUUAAAAAUUCACAACAAGUAAAAGCGGUUAAGGUGUGUAUACUGGGUGUAGUUUUCAUGCCAAUCAUAGGAUAUGGGACUAUAAAUACAAGAAAAUGAAAUUA